CCGACGGUCACACUCUGCCCCCAAACAGCUCAAAAAUCGGUUGUCGUCGCGAAAAGUGCGAAUCGAGUGCAUUAUUUGCUGCAAACAGAGGCGAGAACACGGUGACGUGACGAAAGCAUUCGAGUGACGAAGUGUUCGAGUGUGCUGCAUUUGUUUACGAUUCCGAUUCCGAUGCCAUUGGUCAAUCGGUAAGGGGUUUGUGGAAGGGGAAGAGGAAGAGUGAGCGGCGCGGCAAGAAACGAAAGAAGAAGAAGCAGCAGCAGGGCACACACAACGUGCAACAUUGUGUGCGUGCGUGUGUGUGUGUGCGUGUUUGUUUGUUUGUGUGACAAAAAUACAACAAGUGCAAGCAACAAUAGUUAGCGGCAGCAACAACAGCAGCACCGAAACUCCUUGCCAGAACGAGACAGCAAUAACAACAGGAGUGAGAAAGCGGGAGAGAGAAAGAGAGAGAGACAGCUGUUAUUGUUGUUGCUUUACAAUGUUUAAUGGGGAAUCUGCCGCCAAAACAACAACAAAUCAGGUAUGACGGAGGAAAUAACCGGCGAUUGGAGCUACUACGUGUAUAUAUCGCUGACGUUGGUUCCAGUCUAUUUGGCAUUUCGGCUCAUUAAGUCGCUGGGCUGGCAGCUCUUCGUCAACAACUGAGCAAACAUCUGGACCCGAAA